AUGAUGUCGCCGAUCUGUAUUCUCGGCGCCAAUUCCUUGAUCGGACAACAUCUCUACACCCAGUUGGUCGGAUGUGGAGCAAAAUUGAAUUUAUGGACCUUGCAAGAUAAAUUCCAGGAUCGGCUAGAGAGUAGGCAUUAAUUAUUUUGAAUGACGUAUUUUAGGUAACCAAAAUGUUGUACCUCAAAAUGUGAGUAUUUUCUCGGGAACCAGUGAGAUUGCGUCGGCUAUAAAAGAUUGUGAUGUAGUUUACAACCUUCACGAAUACACGGAUUUGUCUAAUUUGCCCGAUGAGAAGAAAUUAUACGAGCACAAUGUGAAGUGUGAGUUAUUUUUGAAACUUUGAGCAAUUUUAGGUAUUAACUCUAAAUAUUUAUAUCAUUUCAGUCGUGCGCGACCUCAUGAACAUGUGCAAAGAAGAGGGAACGAAGGUUAUUAUCCACCUUUCAUCCAGUUUUGUCCAAUGUUCUGGAAAGUGGCCGAAUGUUGGUAAUAGAGAGAAAGAUCACAAAGAUUUUGUUUUCGACAAUCCUUAUCCAAAAUAUUCCAAAUCAAAGGCCUUGGCUGAGGAAUUACUCAAAAGUUGUCCUGGUGUGAAGACCCUGGCAGCGCGAGUAGGCUACAUCUAUGGAGAAGGAGAUGAGAACGGAAUUAUCUGCGAUAUGAUUAAGGUCCAAAAGAAGUUGAAAUGGAUUCCAAUCAUUGGAGACAAUAAAGGGGCUGUGCAGGUAUGUUACGUUUACUUUUUUCAAUUAUCUUUUCUAAUUGAAGUACAGUUGAAACAUUGUAAAAUCAAAUUUUCUGUCAGCGAAUGGUUGUCCAACGUUGCUAGCAAUCGAAGGCUUAUUUCUUGAAGUUUUGCAAACAUGUCAGGCGUAGGCCAUAUAUUAAUUCCUGAAAGUGAAAGGCGGAUAGCGGUUAGAGAGAAAAACAGGCGAUAUCUUCGGCAUUUUUGUACGGAAUUUUUUUUGAUACCAAAAAUCACAAAAGAGUAACAUUUUGCCGCUUUUUUCAUCUAAAAAUCUCGGUUGGUCGUUUGUGCAAAGUGCGAGCUAGAAAUCUGGGGUGUCUUAAAAAAAUUACAAGGGAAGUGCGACUCUCAGAUUUUCUUUAAAUUACCUCGGGUGACCAUUAAAAUAGAAAUAGGUAGCAAACAUUUCAUGUCGAAGUUCGCCAAAAAGUGUCGCUUUUUGAAGACUUUUGAUCUAAAAACGUAAUUUACUCACUUAUGAUUAUUGUCUGGACCAGUGCUUCAGAAACAUAAUAUACGGGUUCAGCUUAUCUAUUAUAGAAAAUAUUUGUCUUCAGAAAGAAGCUGUAAGAAAAAAUCUACAGCCCCCAAAAGUGAAUUUAGCUGCGUUUUCCAGCCAGCGGCCGGCAAAAAUUUGAAUUUACACAUACGUCGCCUUACAUAUUUUCAGAUGGCGUACGUUGGGAACGUCUCCGCAGCUCUGAUCAAGUGUAAAACGACAAUGGAAGAAAAAGGCGAAGAACAUGAGACUGUCAAUAUUGUAGAUGAUACCCCCAUCAAUAGUCUGUAUGAUGGGGUGCUGAAGGACUUGAUGGGGGACACUCCAAGUCAUUCGGUCCCGUUCUGGCUGGCCUAUCCAAUAUUCUUCCUUAUCUGCUGGGUCUUACAGAUUUUGAAAAUAGAUUUUCCGGUAAGUUCUGGUGACCUGUUUUUAGUUUUUUAGAUCCCUAGUACUGGACAUUUCUACAUGUUGUGCAGGCAAUGGACCGUCCUUAGCAACUAUCGUCUACGUCUAUUCUUCGAUUUCAAGCCGAGAUAUUCUUACAAUGAAGCUAUUAAAAGGUCCAAGACAUACUACAACAAUAUCGAUUUUGACAGUUUUAACUCAUGGUCUUGGAGAACCGAACCGCGCUAA